AUGGCCACUUCAACCAUUGAGAGAACUGGGCCGCCGGGCCAACCUGACAUCGCGUACACUCCAAACUGGGAUAGCUACCAAGAGCGAGUUAAGAGGCGACAACAAACGGAAACAAUUGACAGAACGCUUCCCGAUGGGUUUCCGCAAAAGUUGGAAUCCAGUUUGGCUUGGACUGGAGCAACAGUGACUGAUCAGUACGACUGGUCAUAUGAACUGAAUCGGUCUGAAUUGGAAGAGAUCCAGCAAGCACUGGACCACUUCAAGAGCCAAAACAAGUCACUUGGCGAAGUAAACCAGCAAACCUUCCCUCUUCCCAAUCUACACGCUCGUCUUCGAUCCAUUUCAGCCGACAUCCACAACGGCUACGGUUUCAAAGUCGUUCGCGGUAUCCCUGUCGAGAAGUAUACGCGCGAGGAAAACGUGAUAAUUUAUGCUGGCAUUGCGUCUCACGUGGCAACAAUUCGCGGCAGACAGGACCACCAGUAUAAUGGAAAGCCCGCCGACGUCGUGCUAGCACACGUCAAGGAUCUGUCUACACACUCGGAUGCUAAAAGCAUUGGAUCACCGGCUUAUACUACUGAGAAGCAAGUCUUCCAUACAGACGCAGGUGAUGUAAUUGCCCUGUUUGCGCUCGCGGCGGCAGAGGAAGGCGGAGAGAGCUAUCUCUCUAGCAGCUGGACUGUGUAUAAUGAGCUGGCAGCGACAAGGCCAGACUUGAUUAGGACUUUGGCAGAGCCCUGGGAUGUCGAUGAAUUUGGCAAAACUGGCCCUCCUGGAUACACUCCUCGACCGCUUUUGUAUCACCAGCCCGCUGAGGAUAAUAACCCCGAGCGCGUCAUUAUCCAGUAUGCUAGAAGAGCUUUCACCGGUUACUGGGGCUUGCCACGCAGUGCCAACAUUCCAGCUAUCACUGAAGCCCAGGCAGAAGCUCUUGACGCUGUGCACUUCACUGCCGAGAAGCACGCUCUAGCUCUGGAGUUCCGCCCAGGUGACAUCCAGUUUGUCAAUAACUUGAGCAUUUUCCAUGCUAGAGGAGGUUUCCGUGACUCAGCAAAAAACCAACGCCAUCUCAUUCGACUAUGGUUGCGGGACGAGGAAUUGCAUUGGGCCACACCCACGGCCCUACAGAGCAGAUGGGACAGAGUGUAUGAGGAUGUAACUGCUGAGAAUCAGGUGUUUCCUCUUGAGCCGUCUAUUCGGUCGGCUUCUUCUGGCACAAUAGCUAAACAGAAUGGGGUUCCAUUGUCAUCUGUAGGUAUUGCCAUUAGCGCCUAA